UGCGGCCUUCUCCGACCCUGCAGCCACAAGGUUCUAGCAUGUCAAACGAUGCGGCCACAGCUUGCCAUGUUCCGGCGGAAAAGUGUUGAACUUUGUGGCCAGAAAACAUUUUAUUCAAAGGUACUUGAAAGCUUGAACAGUUUCUCGGCUUCCAUCAAAGCUUUAUGGAGAGAAUAAUCGAAUCACUUGACGACUGAUGAAACUCACAAACCCGCUUCUUAUUCCCCGCAAGUUUUCAACCGCCAUUCAACCACGAACCCGCCUUCCACCACUCCAACCACCCAAAUCUCCUCAACAAAACACAGCCAUCAUUAAUGAAGAUAUCUGUCGCCAAAUUUUGGACAAACACCCAGAUAUCAGAACGUUAAAAAGCCUCCAUUCCAAGAUCAUCUUCGACCAAACCCUACGCUCAAACCCAUCCAUUGCCAUCAAACUCAUGCGAGCUUACGCAGCUUGCGGCCAACCCAGCAUCACCCACCACCUAUUCGACGAAAUAACCGACAAAAACGUCGUCCUUUUGAAUGUCUUGAUCAGAAGCUACGUGAACAACCGUUUAUACCAAGACGCUCUUCUUGUAUACAAGAGCAAGUCUAGUUAUGGUAUUUACCCUGAUCACUAUACCUUCCCUUUUGUUUUAAAAGCUUGUUCUGGGACCGAGAAUUUACGGGCAGGGAUCCAAGUUCAUGGUUCUGUUGUAAGAGUAGGUGUAGAUUCAAAUCUGUUUGUGGGUAAUGGUCUGGUUGCUUUGUAUGGGAAAUGCGGUUGUUUACUGGAAGCUCGCAGGGUGCUUGAUGAAAUGCCCGAAAGAGAUGCGGUUUCUUGGAAUUCGUUGAUUACCGGGUACGCGCAAUAUGGGCGGUUUGAUGAUGCGUUGGCAGUUUGUCGAGAAAUGGAAGUUUUAAGCGUAAAGCCUAAUGCUAGCACAAUGGCUGGCCUCUUGCCUGCUGUAAGUAAUGCAACUGCUGAAAAUGUGUCUUUUGUUAAGGAACUGUUUAUGAAAUCGGAUAAGGAUAGUGUUGUGUCGUGGAAUGUGAUGAUUGCUAUGUAUGUUAGUAAUUCGAUGUCUAUGUCAGCAGUUGAAGUUUAUUUGGAGAUGGAAGCUUGUGGGAUAGAACCUGAUGCAGUUACUGUUGCCAGUGUUCUUCCUGCUUGUGGCGACCUCUCAGCUCUUUUGCUAGGGCGAAGGAUCCAUGAGUACGUGGAAAGGAAGAGGCUUCGACCCAAUCUGUUGUUGGAAAAUGCCUUGAUAAACAUGUAUGCAAAGUGUGGUUGUUUAGAUGAUGCGAGAAAAGUGUUUAAUGAGAUGUUGUACCGGGAUGUUGUGUCAUGGACUUCGAUUAUUUCUGGUUAUGGCAUGAACGGAAAAGGUCGCAUUGCUGUGGCUCUAUUUUUGAAAAUGCUGGCGUCAGGUCCCACUCCAGAUCAUAUCGCCUUUGUUUCCGUUAUCUCUGCAUGCAGCCACGCAGGAUUGUUGGAAGAGGGAAGAUAUUGCUAUAAGCUAAUGACUGAGGAGUACAGGCGAAUGCCCAGGUUAGAACACUGUGCUUGCAUGGUUGAUCUAUUAGGACGUGCUGGGCUAAUAGAUGAGGCCUACGGUUUCAUAAAAAAGAUGCCAAUGGAGCCAAAUGAGAGGAUAUGGGGGGCUUUGUUGAGUUCUUGUCGCGUUUACUCCAACUUGAAUAUUGGGCUUCAAGCUGCAGAUCAUCUUUUCCAAUUAGUUCCUGAGCAUGCAGGUUAUUACGUCUUGUUAUCAAAUAUUUAUGCCAAGGCCGGUAGAUGGGAAGAUGUUACCACCAUUAGAUCAAUCAUGAAGGGCAAAGGAAUCAAGAAAGUUCCUGGCAUUAGCAACGUUGAGCUAAAUCGCCGGGUGCACAGCUUUCUUGCUGGUGACCAAUCACAUCCCCAAUCAAAGAAGAUCUAUGAAGAGUUGGAUGUAUUACUGGGGAAGAUGAAAGAGGUAGGGUACGUCCCCAAGACGGACUCUGCCCUUCACGAUGUGGAGGAAGAGGAUAAGGAAAAUCACUUAGUUGUUCAUAGUGAGAAGUUAGCAAUUGUCUUUGUUAUAAUUAAUACGAAACCUGGAACACCAAUCAGGAUUACCAAGAAUCUACGUGUAUGUGGGGAUUGCCAUAUCGCUAUCAAGCUAAUCUCCAAGAUUGUUGAACGAGACAUAGUAGUCAGGGAUAUGAACCGGUUUCAUCAUUUCCAGAAUGGCAUCUGCUCAUGUGAUGAUUACUGGUAACCCUAUGAAGAAGUGCUCAAUACUCCUUGCAGAAGAAUAGCAUAGAUCUUUUUAAGUGGAGGAAUGGUUUUUAAUCCACUAUUGAUGCUGUCCUCUCAUUAUUCUUGAGAUUUGGUUUCGAAGGCAACGCAUGGCUGCUGAACCUAUGAUGGAGAUGGUUUUUUUGUAUCUAGGUGAUCUUUACUUGGUGUGAGCAUGACAAAAGAAAUGCAGAAGAACUUCUGGAUGUUUCACGGUGAUGGCGAUCAGAUACAUCUCAAACAUAAAUGUCAACAUUAGGUUCAGGGACCAUUAUCAUUUUGGCAUUCGCGCAAUGAUUACGCUAUCAAUCACUUUUCACGGUGCAGGGUAUAGUUGUUUAUGAAGUUAGUUGUUCAUUUAUGAUUCGAGUCUAGAAUUCAAGAGCUGUUCUAUGUUUAUCUAUCUGCACAGGGGAAGGAUUUUGUUAAAAAGUGAAUUACUUCCUCCAUUUUUCUCCAAAACAGCAGUGCUUUCUUCAUUAACUUUUGCUAGAGAGUCUAGAGAUAUGCUUCAUUCAAA